AUGGCAACAUUAAAUGAAUUAAAUUUAUGUUCAGUAUGCAAUAAGACUCAGGCAACAUCCAUUUGUGCUGCAUGUAAAAAAUACUUUUGUCGCAAGGAUUUCAAAGAACAUGUACAACAGCUAUCCAUAAAAUUUGAUAAUGAAAUAGUGAGAUCACAUGAUGAACUUCUUGAACAAAUUCAAAAAUUAGAAAAAUCAAAUUAUUUAUCAUUGGAUCUUUUUGAUCAAAUUGAACAAUGGAAAAAAGCAACAGUCAAAAAAGUUGAAAAGGCAGCAGAAAAAGCUCAUCAUGAACUUAUUGAAUUAAUUGAUAAACAACGAUUGAUAAUGACAAAACAACUUGAACCAAUCACAAGAGAAAUUCGUUAUCUUCGAAAAGAAGCAAAUUUUGCUGAAGAUGAUAUUAACCGACUUAAACAAAAAAUCAAUGAAAUUCAACAAAAAGUUAAACAAUUUAUUGAAAAAGACACAAAUAAAACUAUCAUUAUUGAUAAUAAUCAAAUUGAUUGGAAUCAUCUUAUCUAUAUUCGAGAAACACAAUCAAAAUAUUCAUCCUCGAAUAGUAUAGGCGAGGUACAAGAAUUGUUUGUUCAGGAUCUUUCCGAUCAAGAACAUGUGCAUCAACACACUGACAAAUUGAAAAAUGAACUAGCUAAAACAAAAAAUGAAUCGAAAAAGAGUCAAAAAAUAGUUCCAGCACAACAAAGAAAUUUGAUGGCACAAGAUUCACAUUAUCAUAAGUGUUCUACUUGUGAACAUGCAUUUUCAAGUAAUGCUUAUCUGCAAGCACAUAUACAUCGCCGUCAUUCAAACUGUGAAUGA